UUAAAAAAAAAAAAAAAUCACAUUGUUCAAUUAAUUUUAAAAAAUAAUAUAGGGGGCGGUUUUGUCUUCUUGGUUGUUUCUAUUGAUUCAAAAGCAGAUAUCAUUUCCCCAAAAGCAAAAGAAACAUCUGAUUUCGAAAUUUAUCGAGGAAAAUUCUAAAUUUUCCGAGGAAUUUUUUCUUACGAGAGAGAAAAAAAACCCUAAUCUCGUUCGGGAAACAAAGAGCUGUUUUGCCGUUCAGCUAUGGCUGCGAAGAUUCUUGCAAAUUUAAUUGUCAUGGGUUCUAGCGUAUUAGCUAGGGCUUUUGUUCAAGCAUACCGUCAAGCCCUUGCCAAUGCCAACAAAACCGGCGUUGCUCAAGAAACAUUACAAAAUGCAAUUCGCAGAGGAAGCAAGGUCAUGACAGAGCAAGAAGCUAGACAGAUUCUUGGCCUGACGGAGGAAACUGCUUGGGAGGAUGUUCUAAAGAAAUACGACGCUUUAUUUGAGAGGAAUUCUACGAAUGGUAGCUUUUACCUUCAAUCAAAGGUUCACAGGGCCAAAGAAUGUUUAGAGGCUGCGUACCGGGAUAAAGGUCAGACUACGCCUAGUUGAGAACCAUAUGAAGGCUUAAUUAGCAAUUUCUGUCUCUUGCCUUGUUCAAUCAGUAUGUCAUCAUCUUGGUGCCUCGGAGAUGGAUUUUGUCAAACAGUUUUGUUCUUCUAACACCCACCCCUUUUCUAGUCCAAGUUAAAAAGUUUGUUGAAAAAAAAAGCGUUCUAUGUUUUACCAAAUCAGUAGUUAGAAACUGAGCUCAAAUAUUUAUUUGUACAGGUAAUGCUACUUAAUAAUGGCAUUGGAUUUGAUUACCAAAGUGCAUUGUUUAUUUAUUUAUUUAUUUCUUAAUCUUUAACGGAUGUUGGGAAA